UUUUAUAUAAAUCGAUGGCACAUGCGGAAUGUAAAAUAAGAAACAUCUAAAGCAGAGAGAAUUUUCGUAAUAUGAUUGAAAUGAACAAAACUGCAAUUGGAAUUGCAGCGGGAGUGGCUGGAACAUUAUUUAUAGGAUACUGCAUCUACUUUGAUAAGAAGCGUCGCAAUGACCCAGAGUACAAGAAGAAAGUCCGUGAGCGUCGCCGCCGCAACAAAAAAUCUGGCACUGCCAAGCCUGGAAUUCCAAAUCUAAACGACCAUGAAGCUAUUGAAAGAUACUUCGUGCAAGAAAUCCAGUUGGGUGAGACCCUGAUCGCUAGCGGAGACUUCGAGAGCGGUGUUGAGCAUUUGGCGAAUGCCAUCGUUGUGUGCGGCCAACCGGCUCGCCUACUGCAGGUGCUGCAGUCCUCCCUUCCAGCUCAAGUAUUCGCGAUGCUGAUCGUCAAAAUGCAAGAGUUCGGAAAUCGGGCGGCGGAGGGUAACGACGGCCCCAUCUCCUUAGGGCAGAGCUCGCAACAGCUGGAAGGCGCUAAGAUAAUAGAAAGCUCAUCGGGUGCAAUUAUCGAUGAUCUUGAAUAAUACUUGGAGGUGGCUACAGAAAUUGAAAUACAAAUUUCAAGAGUAGAAAUUAAGGGCUUCAUAUAUAAACCACAUAUUUCUUUUUAUAUAUUGAUUUCUCUGAAUGUUCCCAAUACAUAAAAAUAAAUAUGCGUAAACUGUUAACACUUAACGACUGUGUUCCGUAUAUGUUUUGCGUGGUAGUUACGUUUAAUAAAGUUAAAGAUCGACUUCAAUCCACUUUCUCAAUGAACGAUGAAAAUAAACUACUUCAAUAUAGUAUGGCAGUGUUAACCGUUAUCAAUCCAA